AUUAAAAACUCGCCCGAUUUUGACACUUGGAUAGUUUUGUUGUGAAAUAUCAAAUCAUAUUCCGAUAGCGAAACACAAGCCCAACCAUGCUGAGACAAGUAUCGUCGAUGCGACGCCUGAUGUCACCGCGCCGGUGGCUUUCGUCUACACCGGCUCCGAAGAUUAAUCCGGCUGUUCUUGCCAACAUAAGGGCAUCGGAUCGCUACAAACCCGGCGAUCGGUAUAAUGGUUUCAUCUGUACUCGGGCCCAAUACAUUGCCGACUUCAACAUGACCGCUUACAUGUUCCGACACGAGAAAACUGGUCUACAGUAUCUGCACGUGGACCGGCAGGAUACGAACAACGUGUUUUCGAUUAACUUCCGCACGACGCCGUUCGAUUCGACCGGCUUACCGCACAUUCUCGAGCACACUGUGCUGUGCGGAUCGCAAAAGUUUCCGGUGCGCGACCCGUUCUUCAAAAUGCUGAACCGGAGUUUGGCCACGUUUAUGAACGCGAUGACCGGGCCGGAUUACACGCUUUACCCGUUCAGUUCGACGAACGAAAUCGACUACCGUAAUCUGCAGACGAUCUACAUGGAUGCCGCUUUCCGACCCAAUCUAAAGUAUCUGGAUUUUCUGCAGGAAGGUUGGCGCCUGGAGCACAGUGAGCUGCAGGAUUGCAAAUCCGAAUAUGUGUUCAAAGGUGUAGUAUACAAUGAAAUGAAGGGCGUUUUUGCAGAAAAUUCUGCUGUCUUUGGACAGCAGUUUUUUAACAAAAUGCUUCCCGAUCAUACGUACGGUUAUGUAUCUGGCGGUGACCCAUUGGAAAUACUGUCACUACGGCAUGAGGAUUUGGUUAACUUUCACCAGAGAUACUACCAUCCGAGCAACGCACGAAUCUUCAGCUACGGUUGCUUCGAUCUCGAUCGUACGAUGGCCUUUGUGGAUGGGCAGUACCUCAGCGACUAUGAGCCCAUCGACACACGGUACAGCAUUAUCCCGUCGCAAGCGCGAUGGAAAACGGCCAGAAAAGACCACAUCUCCAGUCGCUACGAUAACAUGGGAGCACCGAUCGAGCGACAGAACCAGAUUGCAAUCGGUUACCUGAUGGCCGAAAUAACAGAUGUCUAUGAAACCUUCCUAAUGCACAUCCUGUCCGAGCUGCUUGUGAAGGGUCCGAACUCGUACUUCUACAAAAGUUUAAUCGAACCGAAUCUGUCUGGCGGCUAUAACCAGUUAACCGGGUAUGAUGCGCACAUUCGCGACACGAUGUUCGUCGUAGGCCUGCAGGAUCUGCCAGCAAGUGAGUUCGAAUAUGUUGAAAAAAUAUUUGACCGCACUGUGGACCAGGUGAUCGAGAAUGGGUUUGAACGGGCGCACAUUGAGAGCGUUCUACACAACAUCGAGCUAACGAUGAAGCACCAGACGACUCGGUUCGGGUUGGGGCUUCUUUUCAACCUGACACCGCUGUGGAAUCAUGACGGCGAUCUAAUCCAGGCAAUGAACGUUAGCGAAGCAGUACGCACAUUGCGCCAAAAUAUUGACGCCAACCCGAAAUACCUACAGCACAAGGUCGAGUACUAUUUUCGCAACAACCGGCAUCGUCUAACGAUGACAAUGUCACCGGAUGCAGGGUACGAUAAACGCUUCCUCGAGUCGGAACGCAGAAUUUUUAACCAAAAGGUGGCAAAACUCAACGAAUCCGAUCGAGAGCGCAUCUACCGUGAGGGAUUGGAGCUUUCGGAGGAGCAAAAAUCGGUUCCAAACGCGGAGAUAUUACCGUGUCUGCGGUUACACGAAAUAAACGCCAAAACGGUCUUGGAAGCGCCAAUUGAGCAGCGAUUAGUCGCCAAUGUGCCUACACAACUCUGUCGCGUCGAUACGAACGGAAUCGUUUACUUCCGGGGCGUGCUGGACGUGGGUGGCUUGACCGAGGAACAAAAGCUGCUUUUGCCCCUCUUCAACGCGAUCGUUACACAGUUCGGUACGGAACAACACAAUUACCGUGUGUUCGAUCAGCUGAUCAGCUCUAAGACGGCAGGAAUCGGAUUUAGCACGCAUGUGGUACAGAGCGUGGACAGUACCGAGCAGUACGAGUUUGGGCUUUACUUUGGCACGUACGCCCUGGACCAAAACGUGGCCGAUAUGUUUGAAAUUUGUCGGCAAAUUUUCAACGAACUCCAGCUCACCGAUGUGUCACGGUUUGAAAUGCUUCUCGAGAACUACCUUUCGGAGUUGUCGGUCGGAAUCGCACAAUCCGGUCAUUUGUACGCGAUGCAGAAUGCUAACGGUCUCGUCACUGAAUCCGGUCGACUUCGGGAACGCUUGUCAGGAAUCGAGCAUUUAGCGUUCAUGAAGGAAUUCACGCAGCGUCACACGCCGGCAGAAAUUCUGGAAAAAUGCCGCUCCAUCACCCAAUUGUUUUCCGGAGCCGGGUUACGGUGUGCUCUCAACUAUACGCCAAGCUCGGAAGAGCUGGCGUUGGCCAAGUACGAAUCGUUUAUUGCCAGUGUACCCCUCCGAAGUACGGCGCGUGUUUGGAACUGUUCACAACCUCUACCUGGUACCAACCCAAAUACCGUGCAAUGCCGUCACACGGUCAUGAAUAUUCCGGUAAACUAUUGCGCCAAAUCGCUCCUCACCGUACCGUACACCGAUCGACAUUACGCUCCGCUCAAGGUGUUGGCCAAAUACCUUUCGGCCAAAUAUCUGCUGCCAGUGGUCCGUGAACAGAAUGGAGCCUACGGAGCCGGUGCGAAGAUUGCCAGUGAUGGAUUGUUUGGUUUCUUCAGCUAUCGCGAUCCGAACGCCCGCACCACACUUGAUGUGUUCGAUGAGGCUUACGGAUGGAACGUGGCCAAACUGCCGAAACUGGAUGAGCAAACACUGUUCGAGGCGAAGCUUGGUGUACUGCAGCAGCUUGACGUGCCGAUAGCUCCUCUGGAGCAGGGCAUGGACCUUUUCCGGCAGGGGAUCAGCGACGAACUGUUCGCUCAACAUCGACAGGCCGUACUAGAAGUCAGCAAAGAGCAGUUGCUAGAAGUAAACGAACGUUUUCUCCGGCCUGGUGCACCGUCCGUUACUGUUGGAAAGUCUGUGCUCGGACCGGAAAACGGCUCGCUGCCGAAGGAAGGGGAAUCGUGGACGACUUUCGCUUUGUAGAAAUGUUAGGUCUGUAGUUGUUGGUUGUUGUUGAAUAAAACUCGAAGAAGUUUCGAAGAGUAAAGAUAUGUCUGGUAGAACCAAAUUCAGAAAGAGCAGAUAUUUACAUACAUAGGAUAACAUUUAUUGGUCGAAAAAAGACGUUUAUCGGAUACGGUAUUGCUCACCUUGGAUAGCAGCAUUAGAGUAGAAGAAAAAUGUCUAAAU